AGGGUUUUCCACAGCCUCAUAAUCACUUGCUCGCUUCAUUCUCUCUCUCUCUAACUCUCUCUAACUCUCUCUCUCUACUUUCCAUCACUUUCCUCUCACCCAAACACUCAAUCCUACUAUCUUUUUAACUAUUUCGCAAUCGUCGAUCGAUGGAUUCGAAUAAGAACUGAGGAUUCCGUGGUUGCUGUUCGAAGGAAGGUUCGCGAGAGUUCUAGGGUUUUUGGAUCGGAUUUUUUAAUUUCGGAGCUCAAGAAAUGGCGACCGCGAAUCCUUUCGAUCUCUUGUUAGAUGACGACAACGAGGACCCAAGCCUCCUCAUAGCUGCUGCUCAGCAGAAGCUCCCUCCGGCUCAGCCGAAGAAGCCGCAGGCUCCGGCGGCGGCUCAGCCGGCUAAGCCCGCCAAGCUGCCUUCCAAGCCGCUCCCUCCUGCCCAAGCCGUGAAGGAGGCCAAGAAUGAAACUAGCCGUGGAGGAGGUCGCGGUGGUGGACGUGGCGGCUAUGGUGGACGUGGUCGUGGUGGAGGUGGAUUCAACAGAGAUUCUAACAACAGCGAUAAUUCAUUUGGCAACAACAAUGGGUUUUCUGGAGGGUACAGGCCGUCUGAGGAGGGGGACUCAGGGAAGCCCACUGAAAGGCGUGGCUAUGGUUCGCCUCGUGGUUCAUUCCGUGGUGGCCGCCGUGGUGGUUUUAGCAAUGGUGAGGCUGUGGAAGGAGAACGCCCUAGGAGGAUAUAUGAGCGCCGCAGUGGUACUGGACGUGGAAAUGAGUUGAAGCGGGAAGGGUCUGGUCGUGGGAACUGGGGAACUCCCACUGAUGAGAUUGCUCCGGAGGUUGAAGAGCCUGUUGUGGAAAAUGAAAAGAAUGUUGAUGCUGAGAAGUUGGGAGAUGAGGAAGCUUCGGAUGCCAACAAGGAAAAGCCUGAGAAGGAGGCAGAAGAGAAGGAGCCGGAAGACAAGGAGAUGACCCUAGAAGAAUAUGAGAAGGUCCUUGAAGAGAAGAGAAAGGCUCUGCUUGCCCUGAAGACUGAGGAAAGGAAGGUUGACUCAAAAGAAUUUGAGUCCAUGCAACAGCUUUCAAGUAAAAAGGGAAAUGAUGAAAUCUUCAUCAAACUGGGUUCUGAAAAGGAUAAGCGUAAAGAGGCAGCUGAAAAGGAAGAGAAAGCAAAGAAGUCUCUCAGCAUCAAUGAGUUUCUGAAGCCAGCUGAAGGGGAGAGGUACUAUACCCCUGGUGGUCGUGGUCGAGGCCGUGGCCGUGGUUCAAGAGGUGGAUAUGGCGGAGGUUACUCAUCUAGCAAUGUGGCAGCCCCAUCCAUCGAAGAUCCUGGUCAGUUCCCAACCUUGGGUGGUAAAUGAGGUUCUUCCAUUUCUCCCAUCACCGCGUUACAUCCGUUGGGGGACUGAUAUCGCUUAAAAAGAUUGAGUGGCGGGCUAUCCUGAUUAUCCACAUGAACGUUAAAAACUAUUUUUAAUGUUAUGUCUUUUUGAGUGUAAAUUUUAGAUCUUAUGUCUUGAACCGAGAAGUCAUGGAGUCAGUUUUGAUUUGGAAUAGGUUGAGAACACAUUCAGUUAUUUUUAAUAUUUAGUGUUUGCUUUUACUCAUUUACUAAA